UCAUUCUUUUCGUUUCCGAGGCAUCUUGUGGAGGAUUGUGAGAUGACGAGAACUAGAACUAAUGUUACUGGUGGUAGAGGGGAGGCACUUCCCGAGGCAGUUGUUGAGGCCCCAGCUAGAGGUAGGGGUAGAUCUCGAGCUAGAGGUCGUGCUAGUAGUGCGACAGUAGCCAGAGGUCGUGGACGUGGAGCAGCACCAGUGAGAGGUCGUGCUAGAGAGGUCUCUACCGAACCUCAGAUUGAUGACAGAGAGGACCAGGUUCCUCCAGAUCCCGUAGUCACACCUUUGCUUCAGGAUACGCUAUUGAGGGUGUUAAGUGUGUUAGAGGGAUUUUCUCAGGGUGGUGGUGCAACUACCACACCACAUGACUCUCGUACUAGAGAGGGGGCUCAGACCCAAGAGCAGCAACAAGCUCCAGUUGUUCAGGAUGCGGUGGGGCAACUACCAGUAGAUCCCGCAGUUCAUAAUGAUGUUGCACCAGCAGUUGGGGGUCAAGUUGCAUCGAUGGUUGUUCUGACAGAGGAUGAGCAGCGUAGGUAUGAGAGAUUUCGAAAGAUGGACCCACCUCAGUUUCAGGGUGGGAAGAGCGAGGACGCUCAUGAGUUUCUAACUACCUGCCGAGAGUUACUAGAGGUGGUUGGAUUAGCUGAGUCACAUGGGGUUCGAUAUGCUACACUCCAGCUUCGUGGACCAGCGAGAGACUGGUGGAGGACUUAUUCGGGGGUUUUGCCAGUUGGAUCUCCUCCAGUGACUUGGGAGUAGUUUGCUAGUGCAUUCCAAG